CCAAAUUUUAUCCGUCCCCAGGACCCUUUUUUCUCCCUAUAUACUAAAUAUAUAAGACGAGGGCCCAUAUCUGUGCCUCGAGAUGUAUAUGAAAACCAUCCUGCAAAUCUUACACUCUUACUCCAAUCAACUUCAAUAUCCUUCGGCUUCACAGUCUGUUUUUCAGUAUGGUUCAAUUAUCAACAGAUGCUGUAGUCAACCUUGUCAGCACGAUACCUGGACUGAUCAUCUCUUGUCUAAGUGCCUGGUUCGCUUACCUAGCACUACAUCGAAAACCCAUCCCCCCGAGUGACGUCGAAACAACCGCAAUGCUUUUCAUAAUUCCAAGGACAUCUCAUAUCCCCCCUAGUGCGUUGUCCCACCCAGAUUCACAGAGGACAUUGAUGAGUUGUGAUGACCUCCAGCUACCACCUGCAACAAGUCAACAAUGUAUUAAACCGAACCACUCUCGAGUGCUUGCACAUGCUGAGCGUGUAUCAUAAUCUUUUAAUCAAGAAUGCGAUACGAUUUGAGAAUGCGCUGCUUUUCAAUGCUUCAACAUGGGCCGCGGUGCAUACGACACAACUGGUGUUCCCAAGCCACUGCCCCUCACCAGACGAGGCUUUCUCACUCGGCUCACAUACACUCAUCAACCAAUAUGAUACAACUGUCACUAUGAGUCAGCUCUCGGAGGAGUUUAUUGCACUCGAAUGGACCAUGACCAACCUGCAACGACACAUGAGGAACCUUAGAACGGAUUCAUCCAACUGAAAGCCUUCCUCACACGAGGCCACUUCUUGGACUGAUACAACUUAUACGCAAAGAACAGUCCAACACACGACACGACCAAGCCAAGAGUGGAAUAGACGAUGGUGACAAUUACUUCGGUCGACAUUGGAAGGGAUCCAGCAGAGAAGUGUUGUAAGGGACAAAACCGAUAGACGAAAUCGGGGUGUAAAGGAUGUAAGAAAUACCUAGACCUCGGGACACAAUAGAUCAUAUUUGUAUGAUAACAGUAAGGCUGCACUACUCCGUACUGUUGAUUGAGCUACCAAUCGACUUUCUCUUUCUGUAUCCUCCAGGCUUUCAUCAGAGCCGUAUUCUUCUUUGGGGGCCCUUUGCCUCGAGGCUGUGCUGCAGUAGGGAGGCUAGGGUGAGGAACUACAGGGAAUAGGCUUUGAUGGCAGAGCAGCGA